UCUCUCUCUUUCAUAAACACUAUCACACAAAUUUUUCCAAAAGACCUCACAAACACAUGCAUACGUAUCCGCAUAAACGCAUACACGCGCACAAUGCGUUUACGCAUUUAUACAACGCGUGCACUUCAUGGACAACAUGGAAGAAACAUCAUGCAGACAUUGAAAGAGAUUUUCGCUGUGCAUAUCCAUCUGUUGAAGCCAGUGCGUUAGUCACGUGACAGAGGUCCUAAGCGUUCUCAGUAAAUUCGAGAAAUACGAAGUGUAUUAACACUGUCAAAGCUGUUGUGAAACCAGAGAGGCAUGGAUGUUAAGGAAGAAUAAAGCCAGCCUGCGAACAUACUGAACCAAUUAAACCGCUCAUAAUCACUCUUGAUACGUGACUUAUAGCCAGGAUGACAUGGUGAUGACUGUAGCUGUUUAUUUGUGUUGUUUGUGUGCUAAAAAGAUUUUCAAGUAAAACUAGCUUCUGUAGAAUGGUUCUCGGGACACAAGCGCAAGUCCUUUUUAUUUUGUCAACGGUUGCUCUGUUUGAUGUCGGGUUGUCUGUGGAAUGCUCGCACAUGACUAAUACCAGAGAAUGGUCUCUGUACGUGGUUUGCUGGGACAAGUCUCAACAAUCAUUUGAUAAUUGUCAGUGGGAUGUUGUUGACAAGACGACUAAUACUCGUGUAGCGGCUCUUCAGACAUUACCGUCUUCUGAAAAAUUGUUCAACUGUUCUGGAAAAUUGCCGCUCCCGUUGUCAACUGGAGAGUACAGUUACUACCUCUUACUUCCUAACCAGACCUGGCACAACGUCCUGAACUUAACAAUUGACGACCCAGGGGAGCUGACCCUGAAGAACUGUCCCCGUGAAGUCAGUGAAGGGGACAAUGUGUAUGUUCAACACAACGAGAAGGCAGGCCACCGCCAGUCAUAUCCUGGACAGGACAGACAUCUUCCACUCUACACCUGUAUAAAGUCACAGGUGAAGACAACAAGACGUACACGUGUGAGAUGAUGUGGGGGAACCAAAUGAAAACAGUCUCCUACAGUCUUCUAGUAAGAGGUAAGUUAUCACCACGAAAAUGACGACUAUCUUACUCUUUCACCUGUUUACAUCUGACCUUAUAUCAGCAUAAUUGCUUUACAUAUUUACAUAUAAUUGUAAUGGAAUGAAAUGUAAACAGACGUGUAUGGUUUUAGAUAAAAAUUUCCGUAAAACCGUAUUAGGUCCUGUUUUCUUAUUUGAUCUUGUUGUUGUGAUUUCAUAUAUCAUUGAUUAAGAUAAAUGGUAAAGUGUUUAAAGGCAUAGAGGUUAGAGGAGCAGUAACAUUAGUGGUUCACAGUGUCUAAGACACGGUACAUGAAGGGCUAAGCCAAGCUCUCCUUCUAUCAUUUUUAUCUCCCCUGAUAAUUUAUAUCCCGCUAUACUCAUCGACCCCAUCGUGUAUACCCGAUAUAGAUUUACCUUUACCUUUUUAAUUUGUAAUAUUUAAUCAUAGAUUGAACGAUUCUUUAGUGUAGCUGAUGGUAGGCAUACGUUUAAAAAAUCAAAUUAAGACAAUAAUAAAUACUUGUAUUUAACGAAUUGUUUAUAUAAAAGUCACAUUCAAAACAUUUUAAGUGACAAAACACUUUGUAUUACUGAAGCUAUGUAUGCCAUAAUAUUUUCAUUCACGUGCAAAACAUUGCAAAUGCGACUAUAAAACAUAAACAAAAUGUAAUGCAAUAGGAUCUUGAUGAUGAUGUAAACAAAAGUAAAAAGAAAAAACACUCACGGGAACCAAAGGAUGAGUAUUCAAUCAUGAAAAUAUUGUAUUGGCCAAUCGACAAGGUAAAAGGGUAUAAAUAAGAGCUAAAAAAAGGCAGAUUGAAAAGAUAUUACGGUCAGGUUUAAUAUACCACAUCGCAUGAGUUCUUCCCAGGUGCGAUUUCCCUUUUAAUCCGUUUGGAAAUGUAUGUUUAGAUUAUUCGAAAUAAUACAAAAGAAUCUUCAUAGGUACAAAACACGCAGUUUAAUAUUAGUGUUUCCAGAGUCCAUCAGAAAAAUCUAUUUCAUUAAGAAAUUUAUUUACGAGAUAAUGCAUUUAUAGCUGCGUUCCCCAGCAAAACAUCAAAACCAACGAAAAGAAAUGAAUUACAAAGUAGCUACUUCUCCUUCUUCUAUGUCCUGACCUUUCUAACGAGUUACUGACGAAAUCAGACAAAACUAGACACAGUUACAAACACAAGUCAAUUUUUUCUGUCAGUAUAUGUCGAUAGGUUCAUUCACUCACACACUCACACACUUCGGUUUUCCUGCCUUCAUCAGACACUCUAAAACCACAAGAGGGACUAGAUGACACUCGGAAGCUGACACCGUACUUCACACGUGGUCGCCAUGACACGCCAAUGGCGUCCGAAUCCGUAAAACUAGGAAGUCGUCCGUGUUUCUCACUUCACACAAACAGACUGUUGUUUGUAGAAAAGUCAAUCAGUAAAUUCUCUGCAUAAACAAGUUGAGUGACUAGCAAUGAGCUAGGCCAUUUCCACAAAGUAUGAAAUGAGAAAGGUCUAGAUACUUGGUUCUAUGUGAUAACAUUUUAUUACUUUUUGCUAGUUCGUACGAGGAACUCCAUAUUACUACCAUUUUUGAAUGUCUACACUAAAUGAAAAAUGAUGUAUACAAUGAUGAUAACAAUAGUAAUAAUAAUAAAAAUGCGAAAUUUGUAAAGCGCAUUCUUACACUCCUAAGGAGUGUGCUUUUAAGAACAAGAACGAAACAUGGACAGCAUGCAAUGGACAGGAAAAAAUAGGGACAAAUAACAGUGAUGAUGAUAAGAAAAAAGAUGACAACAAGGCAGACCACGACGAUAAUACUGAUGUUGUGGAUAAUGAUGACGAUAGUGACAAACAAUGACAACAAAAUUUGACAAACAAUUGCGCAAACGGAAUCGUGCCAGAGAGCCGUAACGCGAACCAGUGACGAGAAAAAGGAAAAGUUUUAUCAUGUUAAAAGGAAAUGUUAAGCCGAAUCAUCAGCUACAAACAAACUUGGUGAUAAUGGAGUUGCUACAAAACUCUACAGUAAUUUACUAGACUUGAUAAUUGUCAGACAACAAUCGUGUGAAGAAAGUGAAAGGUAAGUAAAACUACUGAAUCGUUUUCUUGGAGAUAACGUGGACGUUAGCGAAUAAUGUUUCAAUGAUCCUGCAAGAAGUGUCCUUAAUAUUCUUUGCAAUGAAGAUAUUAUGCAUAUAGAUGAAGACUUCUUUUAUAUAUUGCCGAGCAAGUAAACUGAAGAAUUUCUCUAAAUAUGGUGGUAUUUUAAAUAUUAAUUUAAAAAGAAAUAAGCCAAAUGUGGUCAUGUUUACUUCACGCAAUGGAAUGCUAUAUAUUUAUUCACUGACUCAGUAUCUUUCUCACUCGUUUAGUAAUAUACAUUUUUUUUUAAAUAACUGGGUGCCAUGAUAUUGUGAUAUCAAUAUUAGUCUUUAACUUCAGCCUUUGACUGCUUUUCUUGUGUUUCAGCCUUACAACUGGAUGAUGAUGGGAAAAUGAGAAAGUUGCCUUAACUUCCGUUUGAGUGGUGGGGUAGGGGGUUUGGUUCCUGUUUUGGUUGCGGUAAGGACCGUAAGAAACAUUUCGAAUUAAUUUUUUAAAAUUUUUAAUAGAUUUUGGAUAGAUUUUUCAUGUAGCUACUGACAUAUAACUGCUUCUGGUAAGUACACACUGUCAUCACACAGGUAAAUAUUUUUUACUUUGUAAAUAUGAUAUGACUGAUAAAAAAUCCAAUACAUCCAAGUGCCAUAAAGACAUUUUUAAUAUGAUAUAACAGGUAAAUUUGUGUUGAAGUUCUUGGUGAGACAAGCAAUGGUGUGACAGUUUUGGGAGGCAGUAAUGUGAGCAAGGCAUGCAUUCUAUUUUUGUGUAUGUUGAUAAAUCAUGCAAAAAUAAUAACACAAACUUCUCAUCAUGUUUUUAAAUAGUAUCAAAUAUGCAUUAUCUGAAAAGGAUAUUUAAGAUAAACAAGGAGUUGGUUAUGGGCAGGCUGGUGCACUGUUGCUAACAACAUGUUAGUAGAUGUUAUGCUCAGAAUUUUGUUACAGGCAUGAAACCUAUUAGGCCCGUGGUGUCUUCAAUGCCUAGAAUAUGUUGUGCUGAACCAUACAUGAUGGACUUGCCUUCUUUACCUCCAGAUGUCUCACCUUAGCUUAAGCUGCUUUUUUUCAUAAGAGUUUUACACUUGUCAUUUUGCUCAUUGGCAUAUAAACAAAAAAAAAAAGAGAAGAAAAUUUAAUGAUUUAAAGAAAAGUUAACAUUUAUUUGUAGCAUAAAAGUAAGCUCAGACUUGAUAAUGAUCAUGAUUUAAUGUUACUGAGUAAACUAUUUACCCUCUAUUUAAAAAAAUGUUUUAAAUGUAUUCUUAUUUUCUAGGUUAGAUCAGUCAACAGAGAUUCUGCAGCAUUACACUGGCAAAAUCACAUACCUGUCUUUUAUUUCUCCACACAUUUUUUAUUCUUACAUUUAUUGGAGUUUAUAGAGCUACAUUUGAGGACCUACUGAAUGAUGCUUUAACAUGAUGCCAACAUAUCACCAAACCACACACCUGUGAAUCAGCCCCCGUUGUUGAACAAUGGAUAUCCCCUAGCGACACAAACAGGUGAAAGAAUUACAUGCAAGAGGGUGCUCAAACACACAAGAGUGCUGAAACUGAAAUACGACCAUUGUGGUCAGCUUAUUCUAAUAUCAUCAAACAAGUUUACAGAAAAAAAGCUAAAACCACAGAACGAAUUCGUACAACUUACGAAACUAAACUAAAUAAAAGUAAAAUUUUAUAAAAUCUCUAAAAUGACAAAUACUUGUACUUUAUCCUCAUAGUACAUGUUUUUAUGCUCGCAUGUGGACAGAAUACUGUGAGUGGACAUCAAAGAAAGACAUACUUGUAAAAGGUUUGUGCAGCUAUUUUGUGCAGGUAUCAGAAUGUCACGUGACCUCAAAAGCAGUUUCUUUACUUACUUGAAUAAACGUUUAUUCUACAUGCUUAUCUGUCA